UCUGGACUAGAGGGAGGGGAAAAAAGAAAGAAAGAAAAAAAAGCCCAAGCAAUGCUGAGUCUUUGCUCUGGACUGGGGGCAGCAGAAAAGCAAAAGCAAGCCUGAGCCUCUCUACUGGGACUGUUAAGGAGGGGAAAAAGAGAAGAAGAAAAAAAAAUGUUAGGACUCCUUUCUGGACUUUAGGGAGGAAAAGCAAGGAAAGGAAAAGCAAAAGCAAUGCUGGUCGUCUGGUCAGGAGUGUAAGGGGAAAAAAUAUAGUAAUGAUGAGUCUGUUGUCUGGACUGAGAAAACUUGGUCAACAUGGUCAACAUGGACAAACCCUGGAGUGAGCCUGAGUGAGCUGGGGCUUUAGCUCCACUUCCAACUUUCAACACAGUACUUUGGACACCUCAAUGCAGCCUAUUUUAAGGCUGAAUCAAAAUAGCCUGUAUAUGGUGAAAUUAUAGACAUAUUUGCCCCGAGAGUCAUGGACAGUCAGCAGCUUUUCUGAGUCCUAGACGCCUUCAGUACAGGAAAUAAAACCGGAUUGAAGGUGUUCCUGGUGAAAAAUGCCAGCAUCAAUACUAUCUCAUUAACACAGGACAGCCAUCACGGAGUGCCGUUGUUGUGUUUAUCACUCAUCACCCCAAAUUCGUGGAGGAGAACCGCAACUCGUAUCAAAACAUAACCAAGAAUGACGACACAACACUCAAGCCCUCGUUAACCUUGGGUCGCCCCUGGGUGUGACAUCAGAGGAGAUAAAUUAGAGCUUUUCCUGGAUCUAUCUGUGAAGUUAUUCCCACAUUAUUGAAUACAUCCUUCGCUCUUAUUAAACCCACAGUGCAGUGUUCAAGUGCAGCCCACCAGACCAUGAUGUUUCGUGACCAGGUGGGCGUCUUGGCCAGCUGGUUUAAGGGCUGGAACGAAUGUGAGCAGACCGUGGCUCUGCUGUCACUGUUGAAGCGGGUGAGUCGGACCCAGGCUCGGUUCCUGCAGCUCUGUCUGGAGCAUUCAUUAGCCGAGUGUACGGAGCUGCACAUUCUUGAAGUGGAAGCCAACAACCCAGCGGUGAUUGGCCAGUGGCAGGUCGAGCCAAAAGAGCGACUCAUCUCUUUGGUCCUGACCCACCUGCCUCUCCUUAAGCCUGGUAACGGUGAAGCGAAGAGCGAGUACAUGCGGCUACUUCCCAAAAUCCUCACGCACACGAUCGAGUUUGGGCGGCACCUCGAGGAGAGCAGGCAGCUGCUCUCGUACGCGCUCAUUCACCCGGCCACGUCUCUGGAGGACCGGGCCGAUCUCGCUCUCUGGCUCAACCAUCUGGAGGAACGGGCAGCCACUCGCACUGCUGGAGGAGGAGGUGGAGGAGGAGAUUCACUGGAGAGAGUGCCUUCUUCUCAUCACCUCUACGCCCAGCAUCAGCGUUACGGCUCUGAUGAUCGCCUCAACGGCUGGCAGGGAUCCAGAGACUCGGGCAUUGCCACUUGGCACACGCAACAACAACAGCAGGGCUGUGAGAAUGGGCAUCUCCUUCUAUAUCCAUCAUCAUCAGUCCCUUCUACCAUCAAUACAGUGGGCACAGGAAGUGGAAGCAACUCCAUCCUGCAGUCUGCGGGUCAGCACAGUCCCCUGAAGCGCUCCGUCUCUCUCACUCCCCCGAUGAGCGGUUCAUCCACUCAUCCUCUGGGACACGGCUGGCUCUCACAGGAGGACCUACGGGGAAGGGGGGCCCCUCUCACCCCUGACCAUGCCCCUCUGUCUCCUCAGAGCAGCGUGGCGUCGUCAGGGAGCGGCGGCAGCGAACACCUAGAGGAUGGCUCGGGCCUAGGCAUGGCACUCCGGAGCUCUUUCAGUGAGGAGGGGAGCGGCAUGAGGGAUGUUCCGGCAUGGCUGAAGAGUCUUCGUCUGCACAAGUACGCCGGUCUGUUCUCCACUAUGACCUACGAGGAGAUGAUGUCACUGACGGAGCAACAGCUGGAGGCACAGAGCGUUACUAAAGGAGCGCGACACAAGAUCAUCAUCAGCAUCCAGAAACUGAGAGAGAGACAGAACAUGCUCCGCUGUCUGGAAAAGGAUGUGUUGGAAGGCGGGAAUCUGCGUUCUCCUUUGCAAGAGCUCCAUUAUAUCAUCGGGACGCCAAUUAAAGCGUUUAACAGUGCGGCCGAGUCUCCGCAACGCCCCCUACUGAGCGCUGAGGGAAAGAGCGCAGCCACUGGAGUGUGUGUGAGCGGAGGGGAAGCCGAGAGCAGCACCACACUCAUAGCAGAGGGGGACAUUCCGGCUCAGUUCACACGCGUCAUGGGCAAAGUGUGCACACAGUUGCUGGUGUCCCGGCCGGAUGAGGAGAACAUCAGCUCAUAUCUUCAGCUCAUUAAUAAGUGUGAACUCCAUGAGGCGUUCACAGAAACACAGAAAAAGAGGCUGUCGUCAUGGAGGCAACAGGUGCAGAAGCUAGUACGCUCGUUUCCACGGAAACCUCUCCUGGACAUGACUGGAUACCGUCAGCAGAGGAGCAGUCGAGGUUUUGGUCAGUCCAACUCCCUUCCCAGUGCUGUGUGUGUGGGCAGCAGUGUGUGUUCCCGGAGGAACCUGCGGCAGUUUCCGGUGCCAUCUCGGAGUCUUCCUGCACCCCGGCUCGGCCUGCUGGGCACCACCGGACUGCUCACACACACACACACACCACGUAGUUCCAACAACACACCCACCAACCUGAAGCAAGGCAGACAGGGUCUAUGGUUUGCUAAUCCAGGCGGCAGUAACAGCAUGCCCAGUCGCACCCACAGUUCAGUGCAGAGGACACGCUCGCUACCUGUCCACACCAACCCGCACACCAUGGCCAUGUUCCAGCAGGCAGAUCUGCAGGUUCCUGUGACGGAGCCAGACAUCAAUAAUCGAUUGGAGUCCCUCUGCCGCAGUAUGACUGAACAUGCGCUAGAAGAUGGUGUCGAUCGGACGUCCACUAUCUGAAGGAGAGUACAAAAAGGAGGUGGAGCUAUACAUGAAUUGAAGAGAUGGUGGAGAGGAGGGCCAUCUGUGCGGCAUACACCCGCUUUGUCCUUAAACUCCGCCCACUUUCUCAUCUAACCAACUCAGUCAAUGGUAAUGGAAGUAAUGGCUGGUGGGUGCGGCUUACAUGCUACCAUUCACCUUCUUCUGAAAGCCUUCUGCAACUGACCAGCUCCCAUCAUCAUCAUCAUCAUCAUCAUAAUCAUCAGCAGCAGCAGCGUCAUCACACCAUGACUACUUUUUCUUUUACAUUUAGCCAUCGGAUAUUUUUGGGAGAUACAAAGAGGAAAAAACUUUAACCGUGAUCAGAGGUACUGUAUUGUGCUGAGGUUUGGUGAAUGUGGAGAAGAGAACGGAGGACAGGAGAGAUCCACAAGACUUGAGGACUGUGAAGCUGCCUCGCUGCCCACAGAAACCAAAAAAAAAAAAACAGCUGGUAAUCAACAUACACACACUAAAAGCCAGGAGUUGAUCGUAAUCUGCGUGGACUCACCAAACCGAUUCGUUUACACACAUCUAUCAGUUAUCAUCUCCAACAGCAGCAUGAGUUUACAAGUUUUUUGUGUGUUUCCUAGCUUCAUUUGGGAAUUAUUUCCCAGCUGUUGUGUGAAAAUUUGAGCAGCAGUGGUCAGAGAGGAGAACAGGAAGGUGCAAGAGACAGAAUGAAAGACGGUACAAAAGGGAAAAGGGAAGUGAUGUAAGCAUGUGGAGGAUGUGAGGUAGAACGAGGGCAUCAAGGGAAGUGGUUGAAGGCAUGUAGUAAUUCUGGCUGAGGUAGAUGUGUUUGUUCGGGAUGGAAAGAGAUACUUGGCAAGAUUUCCAGCUUAAAAUCUUGAUAGAAGUCACUGAUUUUGAUUUGUUUUGUAUUCGAAUGUCUUCGGAAAAGCUUAAGGAAGUGAGAAGCAUGGAAAGAGGCUAAACUGGACCACUGCUCGUCUGGGGCCGUAUUUAUAUUCUUAGCUAUAUGCUUUGAUAUGGAUUGUAAAUAAAUAGAAAAAUGUACAUUUGUUUUGCGUAACACUAUCCGCAUGCUGGAGUGACAUGGGAAACUUUUACUUAAUUAUGUAGCUCCACCUAGUGGCCAACUCAUGUAAUGGGCAGUCAUGUGCCUUCACAUGGACAUUCAGGCAUCCAUCAGAAAACAAGGGUUGAUGGUUUGUUGGCGGUGACUUCAGAUUGUUUUGCCCAUGUGACAAGAAACACAAACAGCUAAUUAACAGUUGAGUGAACAAAGUUAGACUGAUAGCACAGUUAUGUCAAGCAUGUCAUCCCUGGCUAUAUGUUACAGCUAACCUUUAUUUAUGCACCAAUCUGUCAGUAAUUUCUCAGUGUUUAAACUGACACAGAUUGCAAUUCAUUGACAGAAAGACGCACCGUAUAAAGACUUGAAGAUAACAAUUAUUGAUGCCUCUUAAAAGAACAGAUUCGAAGUGCUCUGGCAUUUGAGAAGUUUCAGUAACAAAAUGCUAAAAUGGCUUUAGCUUUUUGUUUUAGUUAGUGCUACAAGGAAAUUAACUGUUCUGUUUAUUCCACCCAGCAUUGUCUUAAGGUCAGAUAGUGUAUUAGCAGAUCACAUUUGUAGGUUUAUAGUGUUGAAUAAGCUUUUCGGUUUAACUUUAUGAAUCUGGGCCUCGUUGUGAUUUUCACUUCGAGUAGCUGUUUGAUUUUGAACAUUGAUUAGAAAUCUAUAAAUGUUGCUGAUUUUCGGGGCAAUUUCAUGCCCUUACAGUGAGGGUUUGUAGAGUUUUGUAGGUUUUUCUUUCUUCUCUUAUAUAAGAUCUUGUUUGUCAUUGCACUCGGUGCUGUGAAACGCUGAACUAUCGAAAGCAAACACUCUUAUGUGCAAUAGAUUGGGCAAAAUGUGCUGAAGCACACAAAGUAGAUCAUGAACUAGGGGUGUUCACUGGGGCUGGGAUCCCUUGGAAAGAAAGAAAAAAGUUGUAGGUAGUAGGAGGUUUAUAUCUAUCUAUAUAUAGAUAUCAUUCGGGCGAAGACGGGCAGAUAUGAAUCUUGUGAGACAAAGAAUGUUUAACAUGGGAAUGUGCUAAUGUGGCAGUUUACUGCAUUCAUCUUUAGUAAGUGUUUUAUCCUGUUCAGGGUCACUGUGGCUGAAAUAUCAUCAACUAGGUUUGUUAGACAUUGAGGCGUACAGGUGUAAUGAAAAGUACCUGUCAGAGUUGGCAGGAUUUAGAUUGUUUGAGUCCCAUGAACUCCCCUAUCAUGAAUCACAGUGUGUGUAUGUUUUUAGCUCUUCACUGCCAACAAAACACCACAAUAACAGCACCUCAAGCUAGAUAAUGUCCAAAGAUGCUAUCACAUUUUAGCAAAGUGAGAAAAAGAAAUAGUCCAAAACCGUCUCUGCUGAUCAAAAGUGGCCUUUUCUCAAUGUCAAGACCUGUAAAAAGGGACUGGAAAUUACUUCAUAAACACAUGACAGUCAGAAAAGAAUAACUGUAACAGCGAGUGACACAGUUUUCUAGCUAACUCGUUAAACCUGAAUAGUGUUUGCUUUGCUAACUACAGAACACAAAGCCUUAACGUUUCAUUGCUAAUUCAUUACCAAUCGAUCUAAACUAUCUUCUGAGUUUUAAUGAACCCUUCAUUCUAACCAGAUAAUGUUUAAUUAGAUACCUAGUCGUUUUGCUGUGUUUAGUUUAUGCUAUGCUAGUCAGAAAAAAAACCGUCUCUGUAGCUUGUGGCUAAUUAGCUAAGCUAGCUAAGUUAGCUAACUAAUUGUUUAUUAGCUAGCGCUGUUUAUUUUUCGUUGGAAACUUCUCACAGCUCUCCUCUGGGAUUUGUGGAUCAGAAACAAGGAGCAGUUUUUUGUUGUUGUUGUUGUUGUUGUUGUUUUCUGCGUAUAUUUUGUUCCAUAGAGUCGUCGAUCUCAGCUCGCUCUUUGCUAGCAAGCUACAAUCCACCUGUUUAUAAGUGAUUCUUCAUUCUAGGUCUGAGAAAGCACACACACAUCCUCUCAUAUCAUGUAAGAUAACGUAAACUCUGACGUAUUAAAUCAUUUAAAAAUGAAAACGUCCAUUAAAACUUACAGCACCUGAGAAACGUCUCUAGAGACUUUGUACUAAAAAAACAAGCACAGAAUGAUGCGUCCUAUGCUGCGUUCCCUAAGAAUGACACUCUUAUUGUGAGUUGAGUAAGACGGAGCAGAGCAUGGCCUUGUUUACUUUUCCUUACACUUACACACGGUUAAAUUUACAUAAAGUAAGUAAGUAAGUAAGUAAGUAAGUAAAUAAAUAAACUCCCCAGAGAAUGACUUGUGUACUCGUUACUUGUGUACAAUACCGGCGCUUUAAAAGUGUGACGCGUUCAAGGGCACCCUUAAUUCUCUAUACUGUUACUGUUCUGAACAACAAGGCGUCCUAAUUUUUUUUUUCUCUACUUUUGACGAGGAAAAUAGUUGUACAGAAGCAUGCAAUUAGGGCUUCGUGUGGUGCAUUUGUAUCACAGCCACUCAACACUGCCAUUUGAACGAACUUUAUUAGUAAAACUCAAAAGAUUAUUAUUUAUUCUUUCUUUUUUUUUUUCUAUUAUUGUCGCAGAUGUUAUUGUAUUCAUUAGAUGUAUUAUUUAAGAUACCGUAUGUAUUAACUUGCUAUGGCUGGUAACCAUAAGUACAUCUCAUGUUAUUUUUGUCCUUUAUCUAAAAUGACUGUAUUUUAUAGUCUUUGUUUGAUUUUUGUUCUUAAUUCACUGAUUUGUUUCUUCUUGCUCGCUCUGGGAUCCCCGGUGGCCUGUCGCAUGCUGUACAGUGCUGUGUUUGGACAUUAUUAUUAUUAUUAUUAUUAUUAUUACUAUUAUUAUUAUUAUUAACACGUUAUUAUAUAGAUGAUAAACACAAAGCUGAAUUAUUAUUUUUUUAGAUGGGUUUUGCAGUCGUGUGGCAGCGCGCGUGUGCACACUGAGGUGUAGGUGUGUGUGUGUGUGUGUGUGUGUGUGCGCGUGCGUGAAAUAAUGUCUGGUUGUGUUUAAACCUAUGUUUUGCCAAAUCUGAGCUGUCGGUAACAUAUAUUCGCUGUGUCUACAUUGAAAACGCGUAAAUAUAUAUUUAUAUCAUCAA